AUGGCAUCUUCUGAUUAUACAAUCCACCGGUGUGGUCUAGGUUGUGUGUCACAAUUACACUACCAUUGUGUAUAUUGUUCCUCAAUAAAAAUCCGACGUGACCACUUUGUGGCCCACCUGAAAGGCUGUAAGAAUGCCAGUACAUCAACCACCAUUCUUGAUGUGGCUCCCCUGACUGCCAGUACAUCAACCACCAUUCCUGAUGUGGCUCCCCUGACUGCCAGUACAUCAACCACCAUUCCUGAUGUGGCUCCCCUGACUGCCAGUACAUCAAACACCAUUCUUGAUGUGCCUCCCUUAACUGCCAGUACAUCAAACACCAUUCCUGAUGUGGCUUCCCUGACUGCCAGUACAUCAAACACCAUUCCUGAUGUGCCUCCCCUGACUGCCAGUACAUCAAACACCAUUCCUGAUGUGGCUCCCCUGACUUUAUUAAAACAAAAUGCCCUCUUUGUCACAUUACUAUUAAAAAAAAAACAUUUAAGAAAACAUCUAGAGAGGAAACACACAAAAUCUAGGGACGACAUUACAUCAAGUCAUCACCUGUAUUCUGACUGCAUAGACCGAGCUAACGGUGUCUAUGCAGUCCAGAAACAUUUUCUUUCUUCGAGUGUUCCGGUCCAUGUUGUGUAUAAAAUCUGGGGAGCAGAGCACAAUGUCAAAUGUGAGUUGCCAACCUGUCAAGUGGACAUGGACUUAGCCAGGAGGAGUGGACUAAGCCACUACAAAUGCCAUCACCUCAGGUCACUGGACUAUUGUGGGUCCUUUGCUGAUGGUCCUUCUCUUUCAGAAAGUACCCUGUCAGAAAUGGUCAAGCUAAAAUGGUUUGGCAGUGAAAGAAAGAGAGAUUGCCUAGAAAGACAAAGCUUGGCCACCCAAGACAACAAACCCUUGUCUGUGGCAACAAAGGCGACAAUGCACUCUUUAAAGAGGUGCAUUUCAGUAUAUGAGCCACAUGCUUCAUAUUAUGCCCAACUUGGAAGAAUAAUGGUCACAUAUGAUGUAAAGCAGAACUCCUGGCAUUGUCCUUGUGCCAGGUCAAGAAGAUCCUGUCUUCAUAAAUACAUUGCAAAAUGGCACCUGUUCCAGACUGAAUCAGACCAGAACCUGCGUCUGCCUUCAUUUUCAAGCACAUACCCAACCAGCCUCAUUCCUGAUGAGAUGUUCUGCCAUAGAUGUGCUGGAAAUGUACCUUUAUCAGACCAUCUGCUCAUUACAUCAAAGGCCAAAAUUCUUACAAAUACAAGAAUUAUCCAUGACGUUGCCACCUACUCAAAAUGUUGCCACCAAUGUGGAAUCCACUACAGGUAUCAAGAGUGGAAAGAUGGCCUGCACAAUUUUAAUGACAGUGUCAUUCUUGACCUCUCUUUAUGCCUACAUCUUCGAAACAUGCUACAGGCCCACACCGCUGUCGGGAGAGUGGUUCAGUGUCUGGAGGUCACCAUAGGGGAACAGUUUCCUCCAGCCAAAACAGUGCUCCAUGCUUAUCUCCAUUUUGAGGCACUCACAAGUCACGAGUACGAAUACUCUUGUGUGACAUGUGGGGAUCAUCCACCCAUUGUAAUCAUGGAUCUCCACAGAAAAGGAGCAUUCAACAUGUCAUUGAGUGACAUCAAACCACCACCAAAGGAUUUCAAUGGACACAUAGAUAUGGACGACUUUUGGGAUAAACUGGCCCUGCAAAUGAUUGGUCGUGGCUUUGUAUCUUGCUUUUAUGUGCCUCUUCUUAAUAUUUGUGACAAUCCCUUCACUGUCCACCCCAAUUACCACCUUUGGGCACCAUGGAUUGGAAGAAAUACACGCAAGUCCAGUCAGUGCCUCAACACAGAGUUCCAAAAAAUCCACCAACCCAAAGAAGUCUCUGAAGAUAGACUUAAAAAUGAGCUUUAUAAGAAAAAGGUAUCAGUGAUAAGGAAACUGUGCAAGGAAUGUGGUGUUGAUUCCAUUGGCUCAAAAAGUGACCUCCUAGAGAGGCUUUCAUCUGAGAUGAAAUCUAGACAGACUUUUGACAAAGUAUUCGAAAAGAUUUGGGGUGCCUCUGGUGGAUGGGCUGUAGUCAUGUGCCCUUGUGGAAUUGUGUACAGCAUCAAAUGCUGUUUGCGCGUAGAGAGUCCGAGAGACUUUGCAGAUCUCCUCCUCUCAUGGAAACACAUGCCUAAUGUAGUCAUCUAUGAUUUCGCACGGGGACUGGCCACACACACCAAUCUUCGCUAUCCUGAGACGUUAACCUUCACGCCACACGAAGGUCGUCUAGCUGACCCAACAGAUGGCAACAUAAAGAUGGCAAAGGAGGGAAAGCUGAAGAUCUCCUUACCGUGGCUUAGUAUAAAAAAACAAGUCCCAGACAGCCAUGGCCACCUAAUUACAGGCUCAGCAGAGCACUAUGUCCUUAAUGACAAAUUUCAUGAAGACAAUUCAAAAGACGAACGGGAUGCUCUCCGCAAGAUUGGUCUUGUAGCCCAACUUGCUGGUAAAGUGAAUAGCCAGGUUGCGGAACAGUUCUUUAGCAAAUUAAAGAAAAAUAACUACUUUCUAAAUAUGACCCUUCCAUCAACUCACGUCUUCCUCAUGAGAAGUAUCAUCCACCACCACAACAGUCAGAAGAAUUUGAGAAGACUAGAGGCCUUCAAAAAAGUAUUUGGGACAGAAGUGGUGCUGAACAUCAACCACCAGGCUGUUCUUGACCUUAGUGGCUCAGAGGCAACAGUGGAUUUGCCAGACUUUGAUGCCCCUGUAACAGGCAUGGAAACCUCUGCAGAUGUGAACAUGGAGGAAGUGGACGAGGAUAUGAUUGUGGAGGAUGCAGAUGAGUAUUCAGCUCAACCUUGGAUGAAGCCUCAUAAUCUUCUACAAGACAAAUUGCUCAGAUACAUCCUGGACACGGGGCGACUGGCUGAUGAGGUCAUUGUGAAGGAGGGGGCGAUAUGCCUCUUAAGAGAAGAUUUUUGGACACUGGGUUUGAGAAGGGAAAUGGAGUCUGAUAUUGGAAAUGCCUGCAUGAAACUGAUUUAUGAAGAUGCUCGGGCGCAUGGCAAAGACAUAUAUACUGCUGAUAUGUAUGUCGUUACUACGUGGAAAGACAGUGUAGAUCCCUUAGCCUACUUUCCAGAUGAUGCUGACAUGAAGGAUGCCCUUGUUUUCCUAUGGACAAACGCUGCCGGCCCAGAACAUUAUCUGAGUAUUGCACAUCGUCUCGACCCUGGACAGUGGACAGAGGUCACAGGAUUGGAUAUUGGGGGCUUUCCUCAACAGAACAACAGCAUUGAUUGUGGAGUUUUCAUGCUUAUGUAUGCCCUUUACACUGUGCUGAACACUCCAUUCAGUUUUACUUCGCUUGACAUGCCUGCAAUCAGGGAGUGGUGGUGUCUACGUCUAAUUGAGCGGUUUGAGACAGAGGGGCAUGGGAAGAGGUUCGCCCACUGGACCGAGGAGGCAAGAUGGCUGACUGAAGGGACAUUACGACCUCUUUACAGGUGUUUUCCAGGUUUAACACAUGACUUGCCACAACAUGUUGUUGCUGAGAGGAACCGAAUGUUGUUCAACCAGGCUCUGGUGGACUUCAUUGUGGCAAGAGGAACCGAUAAUCACAUUCAGCUUGUCUAG